GGAGAUGGCGGAUAGUCGAAGUCGCGAUGAAGGUGCGAGAUAGCGUGACGAGUCGUGGUGCAUGCCAUUCCGGUGGCAACCAGCCCCGCGUCCGACCAUUUACGGCAUCCCGAGGCCUUCGCUCCACCACCUCCUUGUGCACGCGACCAUAUCCUUCCCAUCUCCGACAGAGUAAAGCGUCAACUCGUUUAACAAAGUGGAUCGCACGGGCACCGUGCGCUGAACGCAUUCCUGGCAUUUUGUCCCCGUGGCCACUUCAGCUCAGAUACACACAGAGGGCAGAGUAGACGACAACCCCUAACAACAAACACGUAUCAUGCAGCAACAUAACGGCCUGCUCCAGUUGCCCCGAGAACUCCGCGAUGAAAUCUUUGCCCUCGUAUUCAACUCUACAAGACUUACGUUUGGUUUUCGAUAUACCUCCCGUCAUGGCGAACGGUUCAUGAAACCUGCCCCACAUUCAUUGGCCCUACUGCGUGUAUGUCGACAAAUUCACAACGAGACGCACGAUAUUUGGAUUAAGCGUGUUUUGUUCAACUUCGAAGAUCCUCAGACAAUGCUCAACAGGCUUUCCGAGCUCCCAGACUCUACCGUAGCUAAGAUCCGGCACCUGCGCCUUUCCGGCUUCCUAAUGAUGCGUUACCUCAAAGGCUUCGACGAUUUGAUGUAUCGACAUGACUCAGUGUUCCAGCUACUCCCUGCGCUUCGUCUCGAUUGCUUGACCAUCUUGGCAGUUCCACCAGCUGCGCCAGAAUAUGACGCCAUCACAAACCUGAUCAAUCGCGGCAACGGCUGGAAGGAGCUUCGUUACAUCACCCGGAGUUCGCGCAUGCUCGGUUUUAGUCCGUCAAGAAGUCAUGGGUCUCGUGAUACUGGCGAUAUCUGCCGUCAGCCUCAACCCAAAGCUUGGAACGAGACCAUCAUGAAACGGGACAGUGAAGGAUCAGGGGCAUUUGUACAGAUUUAUCGGUCAAAGGAAGAAGAUGAUUGUGCAUCUGUUCUCUGCCCGCAUAGGUGGGAGGUUUUUAAGCAGAACUAUGAGGAGGAUAAGAUCAAGGAGUUUGGAUUGUCAGACGACAAGGAAAUGACGAGAGGAGCAGGCGCACGGAAGGGUCUGCUUGUGCUAGUGAAGCGCGGCAGCAACGCAGACAUUACGCAACGCACUGGCUUCAGUAAGGAGAGAGAUAUGAAAGCAAGAUUCAACAAGAGGACCUGGAGACACCGCAAGAAGAUUAUCAUGUGGACCCCCUUGGAUCAGGAUAAAGAGGAUGAAGAUGACGUAGGGAAUGGAUGGGCGCGCCCUUUAAUUCGCCCUCCUCCACAAGUGGUCGACAAUUAUUACGACGUUGAUGAGAUGUGAACACUGAAACCCAGCCGAUUGGAUCAUGUAGCGAAUUCCCUUUUAAGUAACCUUGAAGGAGUUUGUAGGUUAUCACGCGCUACAACUUUCUCAAAGCUUCGCGAAGUAUUUCAGUAGAAUCUCAAUAAUCAUGAAGGUUUUGCCCGCU